UUGCUUCCAGUGAUCCCUGAGAACACGCAUAUUUUCGGAGGCUUUUUGGGGCCCUAAUCGAAGUGCUUUUUCUUAACGAAUUUCUUAAUCGUGAAGCCUGAGCGGAAAUUAAAAAGCGCACGGCAGCCCGAUUUCCAGAGGACCGAGAUUGUGACGAACAACCAGGAAGCGGCCGGGCCGGGAGCUGUCGCCGGUUCUGCGUUCUGCUCUCGAGGGUGCCCCCCGGGGACCCUCCACGGUGUUCUCCUGUCCCGCCUGGCCCCUGCCACGACCUAGGCUCCGGCCCGGGCCGAUCACUCUGGAGCCACCAUGUCGUCUGACUUCGAAGGCUACGAGCAGGACUUCGCGGUGCUCACUGCCGAGAUCACCGGCAAGAUUGCGAGGGUCCCCCGACUCCCUCCUGAUGAGAAGAAGCAGAUGGUUGCAAAUGUGGAGAAACAGCUCGAAGAAGCAAAAGAACUGCUUGAACAGAUGGAUUUGGAAGUCCGAGAGAUACCACCCCAAAGUCGAGGAAUGUACAGCAACAGGAUGAGAAGCUACAAGCAAGAAAUGGGAAAACUUGAAACAGAUUUUAGAAGGUCACGGAUCGCCUACAGUGACGAAGUACGGAAUGAGCUCCUAGGGGAUGAUGGGAAUUCCUCAGAGAACCAGAGGGCACAUCUGCUCGAUAACACAGAGAGGCUGGAAAGGUCAUCUCGGAGACUAGAGGCUGGAUACCAAAUAGCAGUGGAAACCGAGCAAAUUGGCCAGGAGAUGUUGGAAAACCUCAGUCACGACAGAGAAAAGAUCCAGAGAGCACGUGAAAGACUUCGGGAAACAGAUGCUAACUUGGGGAAGAGCUCCAGGGUUCUGACAGGGAUGUUGCGAAGGUAAGAGCAAGAAUCAUCCAGAACCGCAUCCUGGUUGUCAUCCUGGGCAUCAUCCUGGUCAUCACCAUCCUGACGGCGAUCACUUUUUCUGUCAGAAAACCCUGAUAUGUCUGCUCUUCUUUGAUAAACAGCAACAACGGCUUAUUCUGAGUAAUUAAGACAAAACGGUCACAUGAAUCAUUCUUUUGCGCUGACAGGCCCUGAGUGACCCUCCCUCUCUCUCACCACCAUUCAGCUGAAGUGCAAAGAGUGUAAAAAUAUUUUCUAUUCCUGUGUGCAUGUGGGUUGGCUUCCUUUUCUAGAUUUGUCUUCACCCGGAUUUGUUUUUCAUAGGGGAAGGUGAAUGUUUAUUUGCCAUUUCUUCAUCUACUGACCCACAUAGCCUUGGUGACAUUGUUCCUUGCCCUGUGGACAUGGCAGGGGUCCUCUCCCUGUUUGGGAGAGGGCAUGAUGAGUCAGUCACGGGGCUUCUGAUGGGCUGUGCUGUUUGUCACACACCUCUUAUCGCCGAAUUGCCCUUCUGUGAUGUCCAAGGAUAAAAAUGAAGAGAAAAGCAGAGGCCAGAGCCAGUGACCAGCUCCAGCAGACCAGCCCUGCUCCUCCCCAGGCAUAACGAAUCGAGUCAGCCUGCCUGAGUGCUUUCAUUGUCAAGGCGGGUGUUUAAUGUCAGGUGUGCAGGAAAUUGACUUAGCACGUUCCCUGUUUUUUCUAUGCAUAAUUUUUUUGUUUACCCAAGAAUAUUUUUGCUGAGCCUGCCCAAUAUCCUCUUUUCACAACAUGGAUUACUGGCUACAAGAACUAUUCCCUUACCUUCCAGAAAUCCCAUACUCCCCAGAAUUUGCUGGCACGGUAUUUAAUUGUGACCUCCUCUCCCCUGACCUGUGUAAGCAUCUCUGUAUCCUUUCGGUUUUAAUAUUUGCUCUGCCAAAAGCAGCCCUCAGACAUGCAAAAGGUCUGACAGGGUUCUCUCCACAUCCAUUCCAGUAUGUAAAGAGAACAUGAAUAUUUCAGGAAAAGCAAGAACAUGACUCCUUCCGUGUGAAAUUUCAGAUGUGAUUAUAAAUAUGGGAGAGUCCUAUAGGAUGAGCCACUAGAAAUAAACUUUAUGGAAAAGGUUCACUAACCUCCUUUAAAAGAAUAAGGGAUUGCAGCAUGUUACAAAAGGACAGCUUGGGUUUUUUACUAACAAAUAUCAGCAAAGCCUUCUUGAAUUCACUAUGUAUUCAAACCUCUGACAUGCUUUGUGAUUUUCUUUGGUUUCUUUCUGUCCAAGGUAACCGGGAAAUUGCGUUCAGAAUGAGUUCAUUUAUGAUCAGGCUUAAAGUUGCCCAAGCUGAGGUCAUUUUCCCCGUAGUCAUAAAGCAAAAUGUUUUUUUCUUAAGACUUCAUAGGCACUUACAGGAUCUGUACUGUCUUUUGAAUAUAAUUGGAAGCUUUGAAUCCUUGAAAAGCAAACCUGUUCUCUUCAUAAAAAAUGCUAACCACCUGUGCCCAUGGAUUGAAAUCACCUGGCUGCAACAGUUCAUUUCCACCCCCCCCCCCCAACUCAGAAGAGAACCAUUAUGGUUUAGAGAGGAAAUGCAGAAUGGUGAAAUCCACCAGAGAAAUCGUACUUAUCGAAACAGGCCGGGGCCUGCAUGUGUGCAGAUAAAUCAUUUAGUAUUGUGUAAAUAAAGCUGCAGCCUCUACUUCACAGGGAUGGUGUGGGAUUUUGGCAGAGGGAAGUAGGACAGUGAAGGAGUGGGAAGGCUAUGCUGAUUUUCCUAUCAGCUUAAGGGAUCUAUCUCAGCAAGAAUCUUUUUUUCUGCUAACGGAAUUCUGUAUGUGCUAAACACAUCGAACAAACCAUUAAAAAGCAAAGAAACAA